UUUUGUUAUUUCAGGUUGAUGGAAAACUACACCUAUAACAGCCCCACGCUCCAGCUGGAGGCACUGAAUGUCUCAAAAGUGUCUCUCUACCCCGUCUUUCUCUUGUUUUUAUUCUCUUACCUGUUUUUAAUGGUUGCAAAUGUAAGCAUUGCUGUUCUAAUUUUCAUUGACAAGAACCUUCACCAGCCCAUGUAUCUCCUUUUCUGCAACUUGCCAUUAAAUGACAUACUUGGAAAUUCUAUUUUGAUGCCCCGUUUGCUUAUAGACAUGAUGAAGCCUUCCUCUGAGCUCUUCAUCAGUUAUUAUGAAUGUGUGGCUCAAGCUUUCAGCACACACAUGUUUGGUACCACUAGUCUCACUGUGCUCAUGAUUAUGGCCUUUGACAGAUAUGUGGCCAUCAGUAAUCCUCUGCGCUAUGCUUCCAUAAUGACCAACAAAAUGGUGAUGAAGCUGACGGUGUCUGCCUGGGGAGUGGCCCUUGUAUUGGUGGGGAUUCUACUCGGUCUGACCAUACGACUGAACCGAUGUAGGACUCUGAUUGAAAGCCCUUACUGUGACAAUGCCUCACUGUUUAAACUCUCCUGUGAGAGUGUGUUGAUUAAUAAUGUCUAUGGCCUCACUUUCACCGUGGUCCUGUUCACAUGUUCUAUCGGCAGCAUGGUUAUCACUUAUACAAAGAUUACAGUCGUCUGUCUCACCAGUAAUAGCAAGUCUUUGAACAGUAAAGCCUUGAAGACCUGCAGCACUCAUCUGGUUGUGUUUCUGAUCAUGAUGAUCAGUGCAAUGUCAAACAUUACUCUGCAUCGCUUCCCUCAGUUCACAGACUACAGAAAGCUCAGUCGAAUUUUGUUUCAUGUUGUUCCUGGCAGCCUCAACCCCAUUAUUUAUGGAGUGCAGUCUAAAGAAAUACAGAUUUUUUUGACCAAGUUUUUUAACUCCAAGAAAGUUUUGCCAUCAUUGUAA